AUGACUUAUCGCGCAAAUCCACAUCAAGUUAGUGGAAAAUCGCCUAGUAUGCUAGCGCUGUUGUUCAAUCACGAAAUUCGUACCAAGGUACUGCACGUUGAGUCUAACUCAAAUACAGCAGCAUCGGCAUUUGAUCGUGACCAUCGAUCAAGAUGUAGCUUGUAUCAAGCGAAAUUGAAAGACUAUCAUGACACCAAGCAACAUGCGUCCUCGCAUAAUUUUAGCGUUGGCGAUGUCGUGUUUUGUGCUAAUAUGAAGCCCAACAAAUUGGACUCGAAAUUCUCUUUGGUUAAGCACGUUAUCAUUGAGACCAAAGCGCGGGACACGUUCAGUCUAGUCAACGUGGACACGGGUACCACCUUGGUUCGCAAUGCAAAGUAUUUGAAGCAUGCGCCUAGUAAGAGCAUAGAUGAUGAUGGCGAAGUAGAAAUUUCUACCAACCAAAAGGAGUCCAACAAUUCUAGUGACUCUAGUGCUAAGGUUUCUGACAAUUGUGAAUGA